AACAUAGCGUAUUUCACUUGUGCAAGCGGUUAAAUGUCUGCUACAGUUCAUGGUCGAGACUAAGGUCGAGAGGGAUAUUUCCUUACUUUGUAUCUGUAUGUAGAGUAGGCUACGCUAUUUAUUUAUCUAUUAUUAAUGAUAGAUUGUCCGUAGAAUUGCAAGAUUGGUGAGUUUAUCUCCAUCAAAUCAGAGAUCAUGAACGACUUCUUCGUCACUUGUUUAUCGCAACAACCAAGGCAACACAUCGUUUUAUCGCAGUUAUUUCUGUCCAUUACCUUCAGUCCAUUACCUUUCCAUUCAGGCAUACUUUCUUUCAUUCGUUUGCGUUGCGCAUACGAAUAGAAGACUAUGCAGCUCUACUCUAAACUAAUAUUUGAGAUCAUUAAAAUGCCUUAUCAGUCAUUCAAUUUGUAAGAAAGGUCACAGUGAUCUCAUCAUGAUGUGAGAAAACAGUGUGCAGCUAUUGUGCUUCACCGUACGUCACGUUCAAACGUUGGAUCAUUGUUUUAUUGGCAGUAGGCUAGUUAUAUAGGCUUUAGGCCAGGUUGGUUGCUUUCUACUGAAGAAUGCAAAGUGUUUGUUUCGCAUUGUAAAAUAACGCAAACAACUAAGUGUUCCAUCAACAAACAAUGCAUUCUUGUUUGACCGGUACUCCAUGGAUUCUGCUUGCUUUCAUGAUGUUCUGCAGCCACCUCCUAUCUCAAAUCUCCGUCACAAUGCUGAGAAGGGGGGUUAUCACCCAGAGCGUCUGUAAGAAUGUCACCCUCUACCUCAACCAAGCUGGGCUGUCGCCUGCCUCUAGCGCGCAGACCCCUGCGGACCCUCUACCCACCAAGCCCCUGUUAUUGAUGCUCCCAUGGCUGGGCUCUCGACCUCAUGCUGUUGCCAAGUACUGCGAAACAUACUUCCGCCUGGGCUUUGACGUGCUGAUGGUGCAGAGCAAUGUGACAGAUUUCCUCUGGCCACGGUGGGGAUUGGAAAACACUGAGAGGCUAUUGGAUCUGCUGCAUACUGAUCGCUUUGUGUCGCGCCCACUACUGGUGCACGCCUUCUCCAUUGGCUGUUACACUUUCUCUCAGAUGCUGGUGCACGUUUCCCAAAAUCCAGAGAAAUACGAGGCCUUCCCUGGCAGGAUUAAAGGUCAUGUUUACGACAGCGCUGUAGUGGGAUCAGUGGAGAAGAUGGCUAAAGGUUUAGGCAUAACCGUGUUCCCCCACUGCGAGAAGUUGGUGACCAAAGCAAGCCUUUUAUACUUCAGCGCCUUCAAGCGCCAAACGGUGGAUCACUUCAACAGGGGCAUCGAGGUGUUCAAGAGCACGCCGGUGCGGGCUCCCGUCCUGUUCUUCUUCUGUGAAAACGACCCGCUGAGUGACCACUUGGCCGUGGAAGAAGUACUGGACUUGUGGCGCAAGCGUGGCAUGGACGUGACGGGCAAGAGCUGGGAGGAUUCGACCCACGCAGGCCACCUCAGGAGGCAUCCUCAGGAAUACCAGCUGGUUCUCGACAACUUCCUGUACUCUCUCAAGCUCAGCGCCCUGCAGUCCAGGAUGUAGUCCAGGAUGUAGUCCAGGAUGUAUUACAGGAUGUAGUCCAGGAUGUAGCUCUGUGUGGACGUUUUGGAGCUCCGACAGCAACAGGGUUGUCUGUAUUUUUUUGCCCCAAUAAAUACCAACUAUCUUUCAUGGCAUGUUCUUGAAAGAAGAAUAUGCAUUUGCAAAAGUCUGUUUAGAGGUUACUUAAAUAAAUGUAGUGGUGACUAACAGCCACGAAGUGUGAUCAUGUCCAUUUUCUAGAGGGGUUUCCUGUGUCUACUUUUUUAGAGGAACAUCCCUUUUGUAUGCAAAAGCUUGCUGUGGCUCUCCGGUCUGGCAAAUAGGAUUUUUUUGGGUUGGGCAUUCAUGUGAUGGCCUUAACCAAAAAUAUUUUUAAUAGGAACUGUUGUAAAUGUACUGUUUCUUAAUGCUACUUGUUUACUUUCUUUGUUUUCAAGGCCUAUGUGUUUUGUUUUUUAAUUUUUUUGGUUUAUAACCCUUGAAAACUAAACAAGCGGGUCCAGCCCUUUUCAUAAAUGGGUUAUUAAUAUAUUUGGUACUAUGUCAAGAAUUUAGCAGAAUGUAAGUCCAUGCUAGGUCCUCCCCUGGCCUGCUAUAGGGAGCCACUGCAAUAAAAUAUCGGCUAUUGACAUUGUCUCUAAUGUUAUAUGAUCAUUUAAUUGCUUGUCAUUUGCAUACAAAAUAUAAUAUAUAUUUAAGAAUAUUGUGAUUGACACGAUUGCUUUUAAGAUAUCCCAUUUGACGGACAGAAAAUACUUGUUGUGCUACCAGACAUUGGUAUUGAUGUAUUCCAUUUUAACCGUCUUCAUCAUGAUUGACCUGACAUGACUGAGUCAUCCGUUCAAUUACAUUAUUACUUUAAAAAUGCAUUUCUAUGAAACUAAUUCUUGAGCUUGCAAAAUGAGUGGGGUACCAAAGGAUAAAGGAUUAUCUCGGAAUGGUAACUUUGUAGAGAGAGAGAGAGUGAGAGAGAGAGAGAGAGAGAGAGAGAGAGAGAGAGAGAGAGAGAGAGAUAGAAAAAAAACAGUGAGUGAGGGAGAGUGAGAGCCAACUGGAAGUUGUUGUGGAUGGUUCCCAUAUCGAAAUAAAUAAAACAAUGACCCUCAAUUCCAAUCAGCUUCACUCAGUGCUGGGAUAUUCCCAAAUAUUUGGAACCACUCAUAAUCCUAAAAGAGACCUAGAGGAUAUGUAAUUGUAUCGAUAAGGGGUGAAUGAUAUAAAGAAGACUCCUGUGUAAGAGUUAUGGGUGUUGGGGAAAAAGUCGAAGUUCAUGUCAAAAUAGCUUCCAAAUUCCAAAAUACAAUAUAAUAAAACAAAUGUCCCU